AUGGCUGAUGCAGACAAGGAGUACGGCUUCCCGGAUGACGCCGGCGCCGAUGACGACCAGUCCAUCAUAUCGACUCGAGGCCUCGAGGCCUUGGGCCGCAAGGUCACAACCACCGCCUCCCACCUCAUCGUCCCCAACGCCGAGGCUGCUGCCAGCCACUACCAGACGGCCAUGGCCCAGGUUCACAGGCAGCUCAGGCGCCCGGCCGUCCAACGCAGCGUCUUCUCCAUGGCACGGACGACACCGACCGACAUGGUGCGCGCGAAGCUGUCCACGACCGAGAUCCAACACCGCGCCUUGACCCGCCUCCCCGACGAGCUGCUAUCCAACAUCCCAGACCACGAUAACUCCUACUCGCUCUUCCAGGGCUUCCAGGCCAGCUUCCCCAACCUGACGGUUGAGGGCAAGAAGCAUCGCCGCCGGGUGUCGAGGGGUAGGAAGCUGCUCGAGGAUGGCACCGCUGCUGGAGGGAGGGCCAAAAGUCUGAACCAGCUGAAAAAGGAGAGGGCAUCCAUGAUGCACGAGUUUGAGCUUCUCGGAAUCCGCAAAAACAUGUCGAGCAGCGAGAUUCGCGAUAUUGACAACAAGAUUGCCAACCUGCACGGCAUGCGAAGGAUAAUACUCGACAGGCUGGCCGGACUCGAACAGGAGGAAGCACUGCUGGAGCACGACAUCAUGGAUGCCGAGGCGCGGCUAGAGGAGGCCCAGGCGCUCGCGGAUGAGGCAGAGAGCAUCGCGCAAAGCACACCCUCGAAAGACGAGGCAGACCUUGUCGGGGACGCCGACGAUCACGACGCCGGCUUCAUGUCUCAAUCCGUCUACGAGAAGCUGCCGGCAUCGGCAAACAGCACACCCACGCGCAGAAAAAGAGUCCAUCGGCGAAAAUCGAUGCCUAUCCUACACGAGCACUUCGAGGCUGGGUCCAACAUCCGCGAGAUUCGCGCGCACCGAGAUAACAUUACCGCCCUGGACUUCGAUGGGCCCUUUGGCACCAUGGUGACUGCCGCGCUGGACGACACGGUCAAGGUCUGGGACCUCAACGCCGGCCGGUGCAUGGGCUUCCUCGAGGGCCAUACGGCGUCGGUCCGCGCGUUGCAAGUCGCGGACAACAUUCUGGCUACGGGAUCGGCAGACGCCACCAUUCGGCUGUGGGACCUCAGCAGAUCACACUAUGAUCCACACGGCAGUCAGUUUGGCAAGGAAGCCGAGGACGAGGAGGCUAUUGCCUUUGAGAACCCCGACGACCAGCCGAUUGACCCGCCCCAAGGCAGCAUGGACGACUGCGCCCUCUUCACGCUCGAGGCCCACGUCGACGAGGUGACGGCGCUUCACUUUAGGGGAGACAUCAUGGUGUCUGGCUCGGCGGACAAGACGCUGCGCCACUGGGACCUGGAAAAGGGCCGGUGCGUGCAGACGCUCGACGUCAUGUGGGCCGCUGCCCAAGCCUCGGCGACGAGCGUCUCCGACGGCUCCUGGAGGCCGGCCGGGCGGUCGCAGGCCGGCUCGUCAGACUUUGUCGGUGCCAUACAAGUCUUCGAAUCUGCCCUGGCCUGCGGCACGGCUGAUGGCAUGGUCCGACUCUGGGACCUCCGGAGUGGGCAGGUCCAUAGGAGCUUGGUGGGCCAUACCGGGGCCGUAACGUGCUUGCAAUUCGACGACGUCCACCUGGUGACGGGAAGUCUGGACAGGAGCGUCAGAAUAUGGGAUCUCCGGACGGGGUCGAUCCACGACGCGUACGCUUACGACAGCCCCAUCACGAGCAUGAUGUUCGACGCCCGCAGGAUAGUGUGCGCGGCCGGGGAGGACGUGGUCAAGGUGUACGAUAAGGUCGAGGGCAGGCAGUGGGACUGCGGAGCGGGCAUCGUCGAGGCCGAGGAGGGCAAAAACCCUGCCGUCGUGGAGCGUUCAGGCGGCAUGGAUGCGAUCCGUGCGCGGCUCCUGUCGCGGUAUCUGGAGGCCGCAAACACCAUCGCGGAUGCAAAAGCAUCAACCCCCACUGGUGACAACGGAGGCUCCGCGUCUACUACUGACGCGACUCGGCCGUCGGACAGCGAGGCGCAUGUCGCCGGGACCGACACCCAAGCCACGGCCAUGGAAAAGCUCCUCCAGCGCCAGGCCGCCCUGGUGGCCCGGAUCCAUGGGGGCUUCGUGGCCGAGGGAGGGACGAGUCGGUCACACGGGGUCGACGAGGAGCUGCUCCAGCGGAGGCUCGACGACGUGGCUUCGGUUGCCAUGGGCAUGUUUUACGCGUACCGCUUCGAUCGCGUCCCGUACUACUGGCGGUGCCUGUACACCGAGGCUCUGGUCCUUUCCACGCACCGCCGCGUCCUCGAGGCGCUGUGCGUCCAUGAUGGGCGCCUCGACUCCGGCGUCUUGGACCUUGUGGUCGAGAGCCUGGACAUGGCCCUCAUCACCACGGGCGGGGCUAGUAGGAGGCUGGGAGCGUCGUGGAUUGAGACGACGCUGCAGAUCCUGGAAGAGUUCUGGGCCGCCUGUGGGGACGGAGAGCAGGAGGAGCAGACAGAAGAACGGUCGCCGAAACGACAAAAGCGGAUGGAAAGCAACAACGGCUCACUAGCCACCGCUCCGUCAGGUCGCAUCUUUUCGACCCACGAGCCGUAUGGGCGGCCGCCGAUGAGCGCCGGCAAGGAAUGUCCACGGCACGCCGACUGGACGCUCGACAGGUUCGAGGAGUACAUGCACCAGGACGGAGGGAAUCCCCGGCCGGUCGUGUUUACGGACCUCAUCGACGGCUGGCCCGCCCUCACGGACCGGCCGUGGAACAAGCCCGCGUACCUCCUCUCCAGGACGUUUGGUGGCCGCCGGCUCGUCCCCGUCGAGGUUGGGCGGAGCUACGUCGAUGAAGGCUGGGGCCAGGAGCUCAUUCCGUUUCGCCAGUUUCUCGUCCAAUACGUCGAUCCGAGACUACGGCAGUCGAGCGACGGCGGCGGCGACGACAACAGCGAUGAUGGUGAUAGUGACAGGGCCGAGCCCAGCCAAGUCGGCUAUCUCGCGCAGCACAACCUCUUCCACCAGAUCCCCAGCCUGCGCAACGACACCACCAUCCCCGACCACUGCUGGGCCGCGGUCCCGCCCCAUCCCACCUCGCCCUCCAAGGACCAGCCGCGCCUCGACACGCCCCAGCUCAACGCCUGGUUCGGCCCCGCCGGCACCAUCACCCCCCUCCACACCGACGCCUACCACAACCUCCUCUGCCAGGUUGUCGGCACCAAGUAUGUCCGCCUCUACCUGCCUGCCGCCACGCCGCACAUGCAGCCCCGCGCGCCCGAGCACGGCGUCGACAUGAGCAACACCAGCGGUCUCGACCUCGGCGUCGUCGAGGGCUGGGACCGGCCGCCGCCCGCAGGCGAGGAUGAGGGCGAAGACGAGGACGCGGACCAGCGUCUGCUGGAGGCGAGAGAGCGGCUCAGGGGCCUUGAUUAUAGAGAGUGCGUCCUACGACCGGGCGAUGCCUUGCUGAUUCCUAUCGGGUGGUGGCAUUACGUCAGGAGUCUAAGCAUCAGUUUCAGCAUCAGCUUCUGGUGGAACUAG